GCUGGUCGGCGCAGCCCAUUGGGCGGCCGAGGAGUGUCGGUGAAGUCAGCUCCGAAUCCCAGAAAAACAGAGCGGGGCAACUGCAGCGUGGAGCGGAGCGGGCGGGCGCGCAGCCUAGCGACCCGCAAGGAGCUGACGUCGGUUAGAAGAGUUUGAAACCCUGCCUCUGCCCAGAGCUCCAGGAUCAAUGCAUCUUGCCACCGCCCUAAUCUACUGAUACCUUGAACCUCAUGGGUACUUACUCUGUAUGGUUUGUGAAGGAAGCAAACACCUAUCUACAUAGGAAAUACAAGAGCUACCCAGAGCCCCGGUUGCGGAAGACUUGCCCUGCCACCACCAUGAGCUCUGAAUGUGAUGUUGGAACUUCUAAAGCUGUUGUGAAUGGCUUGGCACCUGGAAGCCAUGGGCCAGACAAAGGUAUGGAUCCUACAAAAAUCUGCACUGGGAAGGGAACAGUGACUCUUCGGGCCUCGUCCUCCUACAGAGAAACCCCAAGCAGCAACCCCAUGAGCCCUCAGGAAUCCCCGCAGCAUGAAAGCAAGCCAGGUCUGGAGCCAGAGAACUCUUCAGCAGCUGAGUGGAGACCCUCUUCCAGUGCUGAUACCAAUGGGAAUGCCCAACCCUCCCCACUUGCUGCCAAGGGCUACAGAAGUGUGCACCCCAGCCUUCCUGCUGACAAGCCCCAGGAUGCCAUCUCUUCCAGCCCAGCCCCGUCUGAGGUAAUAGUUGUCCCUCUCUACCUGGUUAAUACUGACAGAGGGCAAGAAGGCACUGCCAGACCUCCAGCAUCUCUGGGGCCGCUUGGCUGCGUCCACUCUAUUCCGGCGACCGCCCCUGCUGCUUCACCUCUGACCUUCCUGACUCUAGAUGAUUUCAUUCCCCCUCAUCUGCAGAGGCGGCCCCACCACAGCCAACCAGCCAGUGCUUGUGGCUCCCUCCCCCCUGCUAGCCAGACACCACCAUCCUUCUCACCACCACCUCCGCUGGUCCCUCCCAUCCCGGAGGACCUCCACAGAGUCUUGGAGCCUGACCUCCCGGGAGCUGUCUCGAGUACCGGCAGUCCUCUACUAAAUGAAGUUUCUUCUUCCCAGAUUGAGACUGAUUCCCACACCUUUCCUGCUAGCAAGCCAUCGUCUGCGUACCCCUCCACCACAAUCGUCAACCCCACCAUUGUGCUUUUGCAGCACAAUCGAGAGCAGCAAAAAAGACUCAGUAGUCUUUCAGAUCCUGCCUCAGAAAGAAGAGUGAGCGAGCAGGAUUCAGCACCAACCCAGGCAAAACUCACCUCACCUGGCAGGGCUUUGGAAAAAAGAGCAAAGGAUGACAGCAGGCGGGUGGUGAAGAGUGCACAGGACCUAAGCAAUGUGUCCAUGGAUGAAGUGGGCAUCCCACUCCGGAAUACCGAGAGAUCAAAAGACUGGUACAAGACCAUGUUUAAACAGAUCCACAAGCUGAACAGAGAUGAUGACUCGGAUCUGUACUCUCCUCGAUACUCCUUUUCUGAAGACACAAAAUCUCCCCUUUCUGUGCCUCGUUCGAAAAGUGAGAUGAACUAUAUCGACGGUGAGAAGGUAGUUAAGAGAUCGGCCACACUCCCCCUCCCAGCCCGCUCUUCCUCACUCAAGUCUAGCCCAGAGAGAAACGCCUGGGAGCCCCCAGACAAGAAAGUGGAUACGAGAAAAUACCGGGCUGAGCCUAAAAGCAUUUACGAGUAUCAGCCGGGCAAGUCUUCUGUUCUGACCAAUGAAAAGAUGAGUCGGGAUAUAAGCCCAGAAGAGAUAGAUUUAAAGAAUGAACCUUGGUAUAAAUUCUUUUCGGAACUGGAGUUUGGGAAACCGCCUCCCAAAAAGAUAUGGGAUUAUACUCCUGGAGACUGCUCUAUCCUUCCUAAGGAGGAUAGAAAGACUAAUCUAGAAAAAGAUCUCAACCUCUGCCAAACAGAGUUAGAGGCAGAUUUAGAAAAAAUGGAGACGAUUAAUAAGGCGCGCAGUGCAAACUCGCCACAGAGCUCAGCAGUCAGCCCUACUCCAGACAUUACAUCAGAGCCUCCUGGAUAUAUAUAUUCUUCCAACUUCCAUGCAGUGAAGAGAGAAUCAGAUGGGGUUGCCGGGGACCUUGCUAACUUGGAGAAUGAGAGGCAGAUUUAUAAAAGCGUCUUGGAAGGUGGUGACAUCCCUCUUCAGGGCCUGAGUGGGCUCAAGCGACCCUCCAGCUCAGCUUCCACAAAAGAUUCAGAAUCACCAAGACAUUUUAUACCAGCUGAUUAUUUGGAAUCCACAGAAGAAUUUAUCCGAAGACGUCAUGAUGAUAAAGAGAAACUUUUAGCGGACCAGAGACGACUUAAGCGCGAGCAAGAAGAAGCCGAUAUUGCAGCUCGACGCCACACGGGUGUCAUCCCGACGCAUCAUCAGUUUAUCACUAAUGAGCGCUUUGGGGACCUCCUCAAUAUAGACGAUACUGCAAAAAGGAAAUCUGGGUCAGAGAUGAGACCUGCCAGAGCCAAAUUUGACUUUAAAGCUCAGACACUAAAGGAGCUGCCUCUGCAGAAGGGAGACAUUGUUUACAUCUAUAAGCAGAUUGAUCAGAACUGGUAUGAAGGUGAACACCACGGCCGGGUGGGAAUCUUCCCACGUACCUACAUUGAGCUCCUUCCUCCUGCUGAGAAGGCUCAGCCCAGAAAGUUGGCACCCGUGCAGGUUUUGGAAUAUGGAGAAGCCAUCGCUAAGUUUAACUUUAAUGGUGAUACGCAAGUAGAAAUGUCUUUCCGAAAGGGCGAGAGGAUCACUCUGCUCCGACAGGUGGAUGAGAACUGGUACGAAGGGAGGAUUCCGGGGACGUCUCGUCAAGGCAUCUUCCCCAUCACCUAUGUGGAUGUGCUGAAGAGGCCACUGGUGAAAAACCCCGUGGAUUACAUUGACCUGCCUUACUCUUCCUCCCCAAGUCGCAGUGCCACUGCAAGCCCACAGUGUCCUAGUCACAGCAAGCUCAUCAUGCCAGCCCCUUCAUCUCUGCCCCACCCCCGCCGAGCCCUGUCCCCUGAGCUGCACGCCAUCACCUCUGAGUGGAUCUCGCUGACUGUUGGGGUCCCAGGCAGGCGUUCUCUGGCCGUGACCCCACCCUUGCCUCCAUUACCUGAGGCUUCUGUCUAUGACACUGACCACUUGGCCUUGCCAUCCAGGGCUCAUCCCUCCCUUCCACUCAGCUUCCCUUAUUCAAGUUGGUCAGAUCACUCUACACCAUGCUCAGUGGUUUCCCCACUGGCCCUGCCUCCUCCCCGUAAAGCCUACUCCCUGGUACCCAGUGCCCAGGCUCCUCUUCACAUCAAUGGUGAUGGUGGUCUCCAUACCCACCAAGAUGGCUUCUCCCAACCACCGCUUGCAAGCUCUGAUAGGGUCAUCUUGGAGCUUAGUGAUGCCUUUAGCAGCCAGAGCAAGAGACAGCCCUGGAGAGAAGAGAAUGGACCAUAUGAGAGGAAAGCAGAGAGCAAGGCAGGUGAGAGAUGCCCUGGUGGACCCAAGAUCUCUAAGAAGAGCUGCUUGAAACCUUCAGACGUGGUCAGGUGCCUGAGUUCUGAGCAGAGACUCUCAGAGUUCCACGCUCCUGAGGAGAGCCGGUCCUGCAAGCCUCCAGGUAGCCCUUUCCCAGCAUGGGAGGCUGGGCCCCCAGAGCUGCACAGAGGUAUCGAGGCUGACAGGAAGGCUGCUCAGAGUGGUGUGAGCCAGCCUUCUCAUCAUUCAUUGAAAGCAGGACCUGAUCUCACAGAAUCUGAAAAGAGCUAUGUGCAACCUCAAGCCCAGCAGCGAAGAGUCACCUCAGACAGAAGUCAAACCUCACAAGACUUAUGUAGCUACCAAGCAUUGUAUAGCUAUGUACCACAGAAUGAUGAUGAGUUGGAACUCCGGGAUGGAGAUAUCGUUGAUGUCAUGGAAAAAUGUGACGAUGGCUGGUUUGUGGGAACUUCAAGAAGGACAAGGCAGUUUGGUACUUUUCCAGGCAACUAUGUAAAACCUUUAUAUCUAUAAGAAGACUGAAAACCACAGAGAGUAUUUUUAUCAGAGGAUGAAGCAUCAUUCAUGAACUGUUCUCUUUAUUUAAAUGUUGAGUCAGUAGGAAAAUUAAUGCAGUUGGUAACAUAAGAAUUCAAAGAGAGGAGCAGAGGAGUGUGUUUAAAACCCACUAUGUAUCAAGAGGGCUUAACUGUGUGCUAAGCAAAUUGGUAUUUAUGUGGCUGCUUCUGGGAGCUGCUCCAGCCCCAAACCCCACCUCUUGUGUAAUCUGAUCUGGAGUUCUGUCCAGAACAGUGUUUGCCAAAAAUGUUUCAUACUGCCCUGUCCUCACCUGCUCCCAUCUCAAAGGGGUCCCUUGGGGACCAAGCAGGUCCAUUCCCAGCCAUAUUCCAUAGGGCCCAAGCCUGUGUAUCCACUAACCACAUCCCCCUACCUCCAUCCCUGGCUGCCUUAGUUAGAGCCAGCCAAUCCUCUGUAUUGCUAGAAACCAUUCUGAGUUUCUGGGGCUAUUUCUUAGCACCAGGGCCUGCUGAGGUCCAGGUGAAGAAAUGGAGUGGACCAGGUGCCCUGGCAUUCAGUCUGCUUGGUGGCAUUGCCCUUGACUGGCCUGCUGUUCUGACAGAAAAGCAUGCCAUGUUUGCCCUGAGUUUGGAAGCAGAUGGCCAGGCAGAUGAGGUAUAAUUUGUGCCUCCACAUGAUUAAGCCAGUCACCUUGCAGCUCUGGAGGUCACUAGCAGUGAAAUGUGCUCCAGGCCCUACUUACUGUCACAGCAGGGUGGCUGCAUUUAUGAGAGCACCUUUUUUCUCUGGCUCAGGUUUGUCUGGGACAGGAUGGGAUGUGUUCCUAGAAUCCAGAUUGGUGACCAGCGAUUCUCUUAGCACAUGUGGGUGCACGCUGGCUGCCGGAACACCGUGGGUAGGGCACACUCAGAAGGGACUCCAUAUCUCCAGCUUUGCCUGUGUUGGAGUUCAAGUACCACUCAGAAUGUCAUAUGUCCCCUGCCCCCAGGACUGGGUGUCCCAGUGUACCUGAUAAGACCUCCCUUCAGAGCCCAGGUGCAUAUGGCCUGAUUAUGACCCCUGGGUGUUUAGUCACCACUCUCUUAGCCUCUCUGUUAGACCCCUUAAUGACACAAAGAUAAAUGUGGCCUCUUCCCAGAGAGAGCCAGCCAGGGGCUCAGGUGACUGGGAGACACAGAAAAAGGAACUGAAUCCAGAGAGACUGUGAUACGUGCAAAAGGUGUGAGAGGAAGGGGUGAGUUUCCCCUGGAGGGGUCCUAGAAAGCAUUGUCAGGUUUCUGUCUCCAUCAGCUCACUUCUAAACAAGGAUGCUGGGAGAAUAUUUGGGGGUAGUUUAUGUCUAGAAAUACUUGGAACUUUUUCCAGAAUCUCGUAUCCUACCUACAGACAGCAGGAGUUGUAGGUGACAGGGCUUACUUAGACUGGAACCCCUGGCUUCUCUGCAUAUAGCUUAGAAUCACCCCAGCUUAGAAUCACUCCGGGGCCACUAUCCCAAAUGUCUGAAGUCUUUAUAAAGUGACUCUGCCUCAGCUGCUGCCCCAGAUACCAUGGAAUCACACCAGCUUCACCCCCUUACUCCCAGAAAUCCCCCCUCCAUUAGCUUUACUUCCUUCCCUAUCCUUUCCAGGAGGCUUUCAAGAAAGAAAAUUCCACUGAUUGAUUGAUUCACACUAAAAUAUAAAUGACUGAUAAGAGGAAUGUGUUGCCUCUUCCAGGAGGCAUUGUUUUUUACCUAAGACAGAGCACAGUCUUCAUCACAAGAGAAAAGGGUGUGGAACUGCUGGGGCUUCCUGGGCAGAAAGGAUUUUUCUCCUAGAGCCCAGUGACUCUAUGACCUAUCGCUUUGGAGCUCUGUUCCACCAGCUGACAGCACUGUUUUCUUUCUUUCCUUUGCCCCUCUUAGAGGGAACAUAGUAAAAAUGUUUAUGCAUGUGCACCUCGCACAGCUGCAUUUUCACCCAUUUUGGAAUGCAGUCCUUAUAUUGCUAAUGAGUUUCCCAGUCUUUCCUAGAUGCCAACCAUGAAUAACACGAUCUUAUCUAAGUUUUCUGAGGGGUGCUUCUUGAUUAAGUAGGUAAUUCUGAACACCUCUUUAAAUACAGCUAGAAAGUAAAACCAAUUUGUAAAAGCUACACUGGCAUCCAAUGCCAGCCACACACAGUAAUAUCUUCCAAAUCCAGGUAUGCCCAUUUUAAUAAAAUCACUCCAACUUCCUACAUAUGAAAAAACAAAACAAAAAAACAAGGAGUGAAGGUUUCAAUUACUCUUUUGUUCUCAGACAUUUAGUAAUAUAAAGUACCUAUUUUUAUGCUGAAAUGUUUAUACAGGUUUAUUAACAACAAGUGCAGCUAUCUGGCGGCAUGCCUUGCAACACGUUUUGAUAUAUUUCGCUACGCUUCCAGGUAAAGGCAAGCCCCACACUACUUACCUUUUGCAGUCUCUCUGGGAUUGGGAAAAGCAAAAAAAAAAAAAAAAAAAAAAAAAUGCUUGAGAAGUGGGACUGUAAAUAAUGUAUAUUUAACUUUGUGUAGCCCAUGUACCUACCUUGUAUAGAAAAAUAAUUUUAAAAACUUGAGCAGAAGGGAAGUAAAACAAGGAUGUCAUGAAGGGGUUUUUUUCCAUUUUUAUUUAAAUGAAGGAAUUUCAAAUAAUUCACCUGCAGAUUUGUAGCACAAACAUAGUCAUUGGAAACUGUUAACAUUUACAGUGAUUCUUUUGGGAUGAGAUGGCUACUACUAUAAUCUCAUUUACAGUUUUAUUUUUUCGUUUUCUUUUCACAGUCCUAUUUAUCUGCAAUAAUAUUAAAUCCCAUUGCUGGAACAGGUUACUACAAAAAAGGAUUGUAAUCUGAAAGAAACAUAACUGACAUAUGUAACCAAUUAAUUUCAAGUAUUGCCAUUUAAAUUACACAGCAGAGCAUGUGCUAUGCAGACACAGAUUUUUCUGCUCAUUUAUUUUCUUUAUUGCAGUGGAUUGAUUUGAUAGAUGUGUUGAAUUAUUACCUUUGCUGUACAUAUUAUUUAAUAAACUUUAUUCCGAA